AUGGAAGUGAACAAUACACAACAAGCUACUGAUCAAACAAUGCGGCUUGUCAAUAAACAUUCGGAUACAAUACAAAGUCAUCACGAAGCUCUAAGAAGAUGUGUCAUUGCCACUAAUCAAGUUGAUUAUCUAGGUCACACUACCAGUAAGCAUCGCAUUACAACUUUACAAGAACGAAUCGACACCAUUAUUACGAUUAAAGAACCAAAAACUCCCGUUCAAGCCAAUAAAUUUAUCAGCUCUUUGAAUUGGUAUCGAAAAUUUCUUCCUCAGUUUGCUACUGUCGCAGCACCAAUACACGACGUCACCAAUUUAACGAAAGAUAAACGACAUAAAAUUAAAUGGCAAUAUGCUCAAUCGAAAGCGUUUCAUGAAUUACAACCGAUGCCUGUUAGUAAGCAGUUAUUUCUUAAUUAUCCGAUAGAGAACAUUCGUUUAAUGCUCACAACUGACGCUAGUAGUAUUGGUAUAGGUGGUGUACUAAAACAAAAGGUAAACGGUGAAAUUCGCAACUUAUACUACCAUUCACAAGUAAUGACACCAUGUGAACGUUAA